AUCUACCAUACACAGUCAAACCCUUUUAACUCCACAUCAAUCACGAUGUGUCGUACAUUUUAACUUCCUAUAUGACCGUGUACAUUUUUAACUUCCUCCUACGACCGUUUGUAUUUGUUUGGAUACCGCGCGCCACACUUUACAAGUUAGUAUAUAAAUUGCUGGUUGUACCCGUCCUUCCCUUAUCGUCAACCCCUUCUGGUACUGCAACUGUUGACUUGCAUCUCCGCAAUUCCGUCAAACAAACAGAGAUGCGUUCUUGUUCGAUUGCCAAUUUUCUCUUCGUUUUAGUACUCUUACUCACUUCUCUUUCUCUUGGUAUCCCCCAUGGCGCUCCUGAUCAAACCCGCUACGCAAAAGAGCUUCUGAGCGCAGCCCAGCAGGAUAAAAACUGGUUAAUCUCCAUAAGAAGCAUCCAUGAAAACCCAGAACUCAAAUUCCAAGAGCACAACACCAGCGCUCUUCUGCGCAGAGAACUGGAUCGGCUCGGCAUCCCUUACAACUACCCAAUUGCCCAAACCGGAAUUGUUGCAGAAAUCGGGUCCGGUUCGAGCCCCGUUGUUGCUCUUCGAGCCGACAUGGACGCCCUGCCGUUGCAAGAGCUUGUGGAGUGGGAGCACAAGAGUAAGGUUGAUGGGAAAAUGCACGGCUGUGGACAUGAUGCUCACACCACCAUGCUUCUUGGCGCUGCUAAGUUGCUUAAUCAACGAAAAGAUAAACUUAAGGGAACUGUGAGACUUAUUUUUCAACCUGGUGAGGAGGGAGGUGCUGGUGCCUCCAAAAUGAUAAAAGGAGGUGCUCUUGGUGAAGCUGAAGCGAUAUUUGGGAUGCACGUUGAUUAUACAAUACCCACAGGAACUGUAGCAUCGAUUGCAGGACCGCUCUUAGCUGCUGUUUCCAUGUUUGAAGCCAAAAUAGUCGGGAUAGGCGGGCAUGCUGCAGAACCCCACAAUACUGCUGAUCCAGUACUUGCUGCCUCAUUUGCAAUUUUGGCGUUGCAACAGCUCAUCUCAAGAGAAACUGAUCCCCUCCAUAGCCAAGUCCUAUCUGUUACUUAUGUUAGAGGUGGGACUGCAUCGAAUGUAAUUCCAUCGUAUGUUGUAUUUGGGGGCACUUUGAGGAGUCUUACAACUGAAGGCUUGUACUUACUCAGGAGGCGAUUGAAAGAGGUUAUUGAAGGACAGGCAGCCGUGCAUAGAUGUAACGCAUAUGUUGACACGAAAGAUGAAGAAUACCCACCAUUGCCUGCUGUUGUCAACGAUGAAAGCUUGCAUAUGCAGGCACAGAGGGUUGGAAAACUUUUGCUUGGUCCCGAGAAUGUGAAGUUGUGCAAGAAAGUGAUGGCAGGUGAAGACUUUGCCUUCUAUCAGCAGUUUAUUCCUGGAAUCAUGCUUAGCAUUGGAAUUGGAAAUGAGGAAGUGGGUUCAGUUCACUCGCCGCACUCGCCUUACUUCUUUCUUGAUGAGGAUGUGCUUCCGAUUGGGGCAGCAUUACACGCUGCCUUGGCGGAGAGUUAUUUGGACGAGCACCAACAUUCUGUACACGGUGAAAUUUAAGAGCGAUUGGAGAAAGCCUUGAUGGUUGCAUACUGUCAUGGAGAAAUUUAUAAAUAACAUAAAAGAAAUAACUUUUGUGAAAUGUGAAUUUGCAAAUAGUUUGUAACUCGCUUAGUUAAGAAUUUGACCUUGCACCGAAGUUCUAGUUUGAAUCUCCUUCCCAAGAAUUUUCCCUUGCAUCCGAAGUCCUGGUUCGAGUCUCCUUCCCAAUCUUUGAGCCCAUGUGAAUGGAUUUUUGUAUGGUGGACCAGGCUUAACAAACCAUUCCUUAGUCCAUGUAAACUCCCAAAGUAUCCCCAUAAACAGUUGCCAUGGAUCCAUGAUUAUAAGUUUGAUUUAUUUUAAAGAUGGUGUUUGGUUUAA